GUGAGCGCUAACAGGUGAGCGGCUGGCUGGUCGGCAGAAGGGUUCCCUUCUCGGACUGCCGUCAGCUAGGCCAGCGCGGCGGCUUCCCACUGCCACAGGCCCGCCUGGGAGCCGCGAUGCCUUUUCCUGGCUCUGGCGCCGACGAUGCUUUCGACUACCUCUUUAAGAUCAUCCUGAUAGGGGACUCGAACGUGGGAAAGACCUGCGUAGUGCACCGCUUCAAGACGGGGCAGUACAGCGAAAAGCAGCAGAACACCAUCGGCGUCGACUUCACCGUGCGCUCAAUGGAUAUCGACGGCAAGAAAGUGAAGAUCCAGGUGUGGGACACAGCUGGUCAAGAACGCUUCCGGACAAUAACCCAGUCUUAUUACAGGAGUGCUCAUGGGGCUAUCCUUGCCUAUGAUCUUACUAGGAGGUCCACCUUUGAAUCCAUUCCUCACUGGAUUAAUGAAAUUGAAAAGUAUGGUGCUGCAAACUUGGUCAUGAUGUUAAUAGGGAACAAAUCAGAUUCACUGGAUAAGCGCCAAGUCCUGUUUGAAGAUGCCUGCAUACUGGCAGAGAAGUAUGGGCUCUUGGCUGUACUGGAGACAUCAGCGAAAGAAGCUCAAAACAUAGAAGAGGUGUUCACAUUAAUGGCUAAGGAGCUAAUAGCCCGAAACACCUUACAGCUUUAUGGAGAGAACCCUCCAAACAGCAUUUACCUUGACUCCAGGCCAGUUAUUGCCGGUCCAAGUGUGGAGAAGACCCCAUGCCUCUGCUGAAGAGAGAUUUCAGGAAGAAUUUGAAACUCCUCAUUCUUUUGAGGUUGCUUACUAUAAUUUUAUGAACUCAGUGAAAGUGUGCUAUGUGGCCCCAAGCCAUCUCUCUUGGUAUCUCUAACUGGCAGUUUGGCUUGUAAGUGUCACCAGAAGUUGUUUCUGUUAGUAACAGAGGUACCUUUGACCAUGGCAGCUGAUACUUGAACAGGAACUUAUAGACUGAGAGGACUGGGGAAGCUGACACCCUUGACUUAACCAAAGAGAACUGUAAAAAUUACUGCCUUUAAUUAUAGCCUUAAAUGAUUUUC